GGAACACAAAGAGCGGAGACACAGGAGAAGCCCAGGAGCACCCCGUGAGAGGUCGUCCUUCCUCAGAGGAUUUGUUCAUCAACCAUCCCAGCCCUCGUCCUUUACAGCUGCAGAGAGGACAUGCAGGCACAGGGUGUUUCUCUCUGCCUCCUGGGUGUGAUGCUCUUUCUGUGCUCAGUGCAUGCCCGAGGUCUCAGGAGAUGUCUGAUUUCCAUGGACAUGCGCCGUAUGGAGGAGAGUUUCCGAGGGAUCAAAAACGCCAUUCAAGCUAAGGACACCUUCCAAAAUGUCACCAUCCUGUCCACAUCAGAGACCCUGCACAGCAUUAAGCCCUUAGAUGUGUGCUGCGUGACCAAGAACCUCCUGGCAUUUUACGUGGACAGGGUGUUCAAGGACCAUCAGGAGCUGAGCCCCCAGAUCUUGAGAAGAAUCAGCAGCAUUGCCAACUCUUUCCUCCACAUGCAGAAGAGUCUACAGCGAUGUCAGGAGCAGAGGUUGUGUCACUGCAGGCAGGAGGCCACCAAUGCAACCAGAAUCAUCCAUGACAACUACCAUCAGUUGGAGGUCCGGUCUGCUGCCAUUAAGUCUCUGGGAGAGCUGGACGUCUUGCUAGCCUGGAUUGACAAGAAUCAUCAAGGAACUUCUGCUGCCUAAAGACAAGAAAUCUAAGUUUGGGGGAUGAACAGCCCCUGAGAGGUUUCCAGUGGGAGACAGCCAACUUUGAAGGGGAGGGAGAUAGGGAAGGCUCCAUUUUUAUGCACAUUGGGUCUUUUUGAGGAAACCUUCCUGCCCAUUUGGAAUUCUC